AUGCUAGGUGAUGCUGGGUCGAUCCCUUCGACUUCUUCGAAAAGUGCUGUGGGUGCCACUGCUACGAAUGCCGCCCCUGCUCCUGACUCCAGCUCUCCGAAGAACAAACCCAGGGCAGGUGCCAAAGCAGGCAGCCGAGGCGCUAGAGCGAAGGAGAUCCAGGCACCUGUGCAGGCUAAGAGGACGUCCACACCUCCUCCGAAGAAGAGUGCAUCGCCUUUAGCUAGCAACCCCAAGAAGGACUUGUCCGGUGAGUUUGCCAAAGCUGCUGGUGAUCCCUCUCCUGCUCUGUUGGAUACUCUCGAGGAGACCCAGCUGGAGGAGACCCUUGGCAACCAGCAGCCCGAGAAGCCUGCUAAGUGCCACGACUUUUCGCAAAUGCCAAGUGCAACUCAUGCAUCCCCGGCCCCAAACAACGCUCCCGAGAAUGACGAAAGGCCUGACUCCAACCCCCGUGCCAAGACCCAGGACUUGUCUGCGAAGCCUAAGGAAUCCCAAGGCAAUGGGUCCCAGGAAGCUACCAAGCUCUCCCCUGUUGCUUCGACCCCUGGUGUUCCCAAGCAUGACGAAGCCCCUCACACGAAGCCCGAGAAUGUGGAUGAGGCCAAGUCGGCCGAGCCUAAGGAAUCCCGAGGCAAUGGCCAGGAAGCUACAAAGCUCUCCCCUGUUCCCCCUGGUCCCAAGCAGAACAAUGCACCUGCAAAGCAUCCGGAUGCCGUCACUGGAGAAGCACGUCAGCCAAGACAUGUGGAUACACAGGACACCAUCAACCUGUUCCGUGGGGACUCUGUGGUGUCGGACUUUCAGGAUGCUUUGGCUUCGGGUAAGCUCACAGACCCCGUGUUGGACAUGGCACACACUCUCCAAGCGCAAGGCGCCCUGGAGAUGCACAUCCCAGAGCAGGGCACCUGCCUCGACAUGCAGAAGAGCCCGGGCAAGCUUUGGGUUUACCGGAACGGUGAUGAGGCUGCUGAUUCGGGGAGGGCCUUCGAAGUUCUCAAGUGGACUCGCAUGGUUGCUGCCAAGUGCAAUGGGGCUUUCGAGGCUCAGGACUCUGCACACGGAGCAUUAGCCAGGGCCCUUCACGACUCGUGUCUUUGCAUGCUGAGCUUGCAGAGUGAGUACGAGGAAGCCAAGGCCCAGUUCUCGAGGUACAGCGGGAUCAUCCUAUCAGUGGGUGCUACCAAGAAACAGAAGGAAAAAGACAAGAACCAUACUCCGGAGGUUUUGACAAGCAAGUUUGAACAGAUCGACAAUUGGGUUACUCAGAAGCUUGAUGAGAAGGACCUCUGUCGGCAGGAGGUGUGCAAGAAGCUGGACGAGCAUAUUGCUACCUUCAGUGAGGUGUUAGUGAAACUUCUUGAGAAUACCGAGUCCGAGUACAAGAGCACUACCACCAGUAGCCUGCCCGAAGAUGACGAGGCUGCUUUGUGUAUGGAGCUGGACAAUCAGCUCAACAUGCACAUGCACGAGGUUGCUGCACCUGCUGCUUCGGAGGUUGCCAGCACAAGGGCACUUGCCUCGCCGGUUCCGGGCUCGGAGCGUCGCCCUGCACCAGCCACGACUUCCUGGCAGCAGCAGGGCAUGAGGGCUGCAAUGCAACGAAUGGAUACAUCGGAGCUUGCUGCGAUGCCCCUGAAGAUCCAACCGGAGAUCAAAGAGGGCCCCAAGAUCGAACCAGUGAUGCAAGAGGCUGCGCCGACACAGGUUGCACUUGUUCCACCAGCUCCACCGUUGCAAAAAAUGAAGGCCGAGCCUGAGUUUGCAUCGGAGGAGGAUCGCCAGGAAUGGGAGGAGAAGCAGGCCAAAAGGUUGAAGCACAAUGCCCGGGUUCGCUUCGACAGUCCUGACUGUCCACAGAUUGUCCUGGACAAGCUGCAGGAGUGGCUAGCUGCCGGUGAAGAUUGGGCCAACACCCAGUUAGUCAUCGAGGCAACGCGAGUGAACGAGGAGAAGUUCAAAGCCAAGGAAAAGAUGCGAUCCUACAAGUCGCUAUGUGACGAGUAUGGCAAGAAAACAGCGGAUAGCAUUCGGACGAAGAAAUAUGCAAAGGAGAAGGCCUGGGAACUCUUCCGAGUCUUUGACACGAUCGAGUUCGAAUUCAACGAGAACAACACGACCAGUGCUGCAUUCCACUCGGAAGGCAGCAUAUCGUCCCAGGCUGCAGGGCCCAUCUUGAUGCCGAACAAUGCAGGUGCCACUGCAGGCGGUGGUGCGGACCUCCUGAAAUCUUUCGGGAAGUCCCAGUCCGCCGAGUCGUUGACAAAUCCUCCGGGAACCACGAACCAGAACCCACGGAAGACAGGUAAGGUGAACGAGUAUUCUUUCGCAAAGAAAGUCAAUGCGAAGAUACAGGCUAUGGCUGGGAAGCUCACCGAUAUCAUAGUGUGGUCUACCAAGUUGUCGGAAUCGUCACAAAAGGCGAAGGACAACUACCAGGAGGAGCUGGACAGCCACAAGAAUGUGUUCGGUCGCAUCAAAGGUGAACUCGAAGGUUUGUACAGCAUACACAACAACACAAAGGAUGUGGACAUGCCCGAAACCACGAAAGGCGAGAUUCAGGGCUUGCUAGAUCGUGCAGAUGCAGCCACGACGACAUUUACCGGGGCCAUGAAGCCUCUGAAGCUGACCCUGGAGCCUUUCCGGCACAUAGAGCUCUGCAAGUUCAUGAGUAUGUAUGUACAUGUAUACAGUAACUGUACAUGUCUAGCGCUGAGAAGCCAAUCAGACACAUGUACAUGUGGGCUGUGUGUGUGUGUGUGUGCAUGUGUGUGUGUGUUCGUGCCAUAG